AUGUGCGAUGAUAAGUGUAUUGAAUCUUCGGACGAGUACCCGUGGUCGUACGGCCUGCGGCUAUGCAUUGUCACCUGCCAGGAGUCACCAAUCAAAAUUUCUUCCGACGUAAGAUUCCAUAUGACAAGAUCGAUCGACUCGAGUAAUGGAGCUGCUGCAUUAGGCAGUGUUACAAGAGAUGGAUCCUCGGAUGCCCGGGCCCUUGAAACCCAUGAUACUGUCCCUGAAAAGGACAUUACCAAAUGCAGUCCUGGCUACUGGGGCAUCCUCCGUUGCACCGAGCACUGCAUUAUCGGCGUUCGAAAACACUACAACGGGGGCAUGGAUGCGUCAUGGGUUGCUUGUAUGAAGUGGAAAGACCAGGAGCCACGGGAUAGCAAUUCUGAAGGGGACUACCCUAAAGGAGCUAUUCAUGCAGUCUUCCGUCAGUCGUUUUAUUUUCUGGCCAAACUCAAGGGCAUGAUCGAGGCAGGCCAAUCCCUCUCCGGAGCCACAAUCUUGGACACAUAUAGCGAGGGCUUACCUCCAGGCAUCCUCGAACUCCCAAAUCACUCCAAUCCACGUUCCCCAUCGGCCUUCCUCGCCAAGCGUUCGUAG